AUGUCGUUCUCCAUUGUGACCGCUCCUAUCUAUGUCUUCACGGAAUCCACUCAGUCCAAAACAGAUUUCUUCUCCAGUCACUUACAACGGCCGCUUGACGCCUUCAAUAUCAUGACACUGGUCGCUAGUUAUGAGACCAUUACGGUCACUGCCAACCUUGCACGUGCACGUCAUAUAGAGUCCCAGAAAAUAUUAAAUGGGGUUUGA